AUGUCUUCAUCAAAAAUUACCCCCACUUACCAGGGCUAUAUUGCCUCAACUAAGGACGCGUUAUUGGUUAUUCAAGCCGCGUUGAAUAAGCAAUUGCCAACUGUUCCAAGAAGACCACAUGACAAGGAAAGAGCCUCUUUAAUCGCUUCAGGUAAUGUGUUUGUAUUCAUUGAAGAACGUUCAGGCGUCAAGAGAUGGACCGAUGGGGUUUCUUGGUCUCCUUCCAGAAUUUUGGGUAGGUUCCUAGUAUACCGUGAAUUAGAUCGCGCGGCCGCUACCGAUAAAGAAGGUAAAAAGAAGUCCAAAAAGGAGUUAAAGAAGAAAUUGAUGAGCCAAAACUCUCCCUCUCAACACAAUCCUAUCCAUGAACAACAACAGCGAUUGAACAAUUCCCCGAACAAUAACAAUGAUCUGGCAAGCCGCUCGCUAGUUGGAUCCCUUGUGGCAAGCUACGCUUUUAAAGAUAACGGGCUUGUCAAAAAAACCCUCUCUCUUACAAUUUCUAGAUUAUCUGCCAGUUCUUCACAGACAAUUUCAGAAACUGUGCAUUUGAUUUCAUAUUACAACACCAUCGAUGUCAUGGAAAACGUUCUCACCAAACCUUCGGUCGACCCAACAUUAAAAGAUGUCCAUUUGACCCCGGAACUUUGGUCAGCGGUUAAGGAAUCUAGUCUUGGAGGCAAAAUACCGAUCGAGGAUGAAGCAUACUAUUAUUUGGAAAAUAACGGCCAUCCAUCAAGUACGGUCAUGGCGACUCCUGGCAGCCAUAUGGGUGCCCAUGCACCUGGCCACCAUCAUCACCAAACGUCGAUGCCUGGGUUGAUGCAAUCUGCCGGUGGUCAACAGGUUCAAUAUUUCCAAGCUCCUCUACCUCCUCCUGCCUACCAUAACGCUGGUCCACCACCGUUGCCGCAUCAUCAAAUGGUUCCGUCUUUUCCACCUGCACAACCACCUGCACAACCACAGCAACAGUAUCAUGUUCCUUCCUCAUUGAGUUCCACUAGUCAGCCUGCCACAGGGUCAAGUUCUACUAGCGACAGUGGCAAUAAUCAUGCUGCAAGCGCUGGAGCAACUCAAUCACAACAAAAAUCUCAGACUUAUUUGCCGCCAUUGGCGCAUCAUCAUCAUUUGGAUUAUUCAUCGUACAAUGGUAGUUUUGUCGGGGUAAACUCUGCCCCAGCUGCUGCCACCCAGUUUUCCCAAAUGCCAAGCUAUUACAGUCCAGCGGUCUCAAACACUGGUGGCAAUGGCAUGCCAAAGUACGCAUAUCCCCAACAACCAAUGAGUGGUGGAUUCCCACAGUAUUACCCACAAAGCAUGGGGUAUCCACCUCAACAAUCAAUGACUCCAAGUGCUACCAAUAACUUGAACAAUACUCUGGUGAAGUUGGAGGCUGGAGAGAAAGUAUAUCAACAAUAUCCACAACAGACUGGGUAUAAUGUGAAUUAUCAAUUGCCGCCACCACAACCACAGCAACAACCACAACCACAACCACAACCACAACCACAACCACAACCACAACCACAACCACAAUCACAACAGCAGCAGCAGCAACAGCAGCAGCAACAACCACAACAACACCAUCAAAAUCAACAGCGUCAACUUCAGACAUCACAUCAACAACCACAUGAAGGGAGACUUUCACCAAGAUCGACCCCAGGUCAACAACAACAACAACAACAACAACAACAACAAACUACUGCAGGGAGUCCGCAAUCCAGUACCCCAACCAACCCUAAUACCAUGAGCGUUGGAUCUUCAAAUAGCCAGUUUUAUCCAAACUCCAAUCCUUUGAUCGGGCCUUACUCGACCUUACCUCAGUAUGCGGUCAAUGGUAGCAAGAUGUACAAUUAUAAUACCCAAAACCCAGGCGAUGGUAGUAAUAAUGGUAGUAAUAAUGGUAGUAAUAAUGGUAGUAAUACUGAAUUCUUGGGACCUGGGUAUGCUCCUAAUGGAUUGUAUCAAUCUAGCUAA